UUCCGAGGCUGCGCGGUCAGGUCGGAGCCGAGUGCGAGUGACGCGCCCCGCCGCCGCCGCCGCCUCCUCCGCCUCCACCCGGAGGGCUUUCUCGGUGGCGCCACCUGCGGCGGCCGCGGCGGCUCCGGCGGCGGCGCUCCCUCGGGCGGCGGGCGGCCAACAUGGCGGCGACGGCGGGUUGCAGGUCGCCGCGCGGAUGGCAACACUGAUGACCGUCCGGAGACUCGCCUCCAUCUGUACCAUGGGCGCCAAUGCCUCUGCUUUGGAGAAAGAGAUUGGUCCGGAUCAAUUUCCUAUGAAUGAGCAUUACUUCGGCUUGGUUAACUUUGGAAACACCUGCUACUGUAACUCAGUCCUCCAGGCCCUUUACUUCUGUCGUCCAUUUCGGGAAAAGGUUUUGGCCUACAAAGUCCAGGCCCGCAAAAAGGAGACCCUUCUGACGUGCUUGUCGGACCUCUUCAACAGUAUUGCCACCCAGAAGAAGAAAGUGGGGGUCAUCCCCCCCAAGAAGUUCAUUUCCCGGCUAAGGAAAGAAAACGAGCUGUUUGACAACUAUAUGCAGCAGGACGCGCACGAAUUCCUGAACUAUCUAUUGAACACAAUUGCGGACUUGCUGCAAGAAGAAAAGAAGCAGGAAAAACAGAAUGGCAAACUCCAGAAUGGAAGCAUUGAGAGUGAUGAAGGGGAGAAGACAGAGCUUACGUGGGUCCAUGAAAUCUUCCAGGGAACACUAACAAACGAAACUCGCUGUUUAAACUGUGAAGCUGUGAGCAGCAAAGAUGAAGAUUUUCUGGACCUGUCGGUUGACGUGGAACAAAAUACAUCAAUCACACACUGCCUGAGAGGGUUCAGUAACACCGAGACGCUGUGCAGCGAAUACAAGUACUACUGUGAGCAGUGUCGCAGUAAACAGGAAGCACAGAAGAGGAUGCGAGUGAAAAAGCUGCCCAUGAUUCUCGCUCUGCACUUGAAAAGGUUCAAAUACAUGGACCAGCUACACCGAUACACCAAACUUUCCUAUCGCGUGGUCUUUCCUCUAGAGCUUCGACUCUUCAACACAUCAGGAGAUGCUACAAACCCAGACCGAAUGUAUGAUCUUGUGGCUGUGGUGGUACACUGUGGCAGUGGUCCAAAUCGUGGACAUUAUAUCACCAUUGUGAAGAGCCACGGCUUUUGGUUGCUUUUCGAUGAUGACAUCGUAGAGAAAAUCGACGCUCAAGCAAUUGAAGAAUUCUAUGGAUUGACCUCAGACAUUUCCAAAAAUUCAGAAUCUGGAUAUAUCCUUUUCUAUCAAUCAAGAGACUGAGAUGGCACAUUUUUGGGACAUCUUGUACACAAAAGAAGGGAUCAAGGCUGUGCCGGAAAGGACAACAGAGUGAUGGCAGAAGCAAUUCCUCCUGGUUAUCGUGGGCAAUCAAGUGAUGCAUUUCCUUGAGGAGAACAAUCCUGAGCAAGGAUGCAUUUUGCUUUGAUUUUCUUUCUAGGCUAUUUUAUACUUGCUAACUUCCAAAAUCUUUUACCUCUACUUGAAACCUGGCUGCUUAACUCUUCAAGAACCAAGAAAGUGAUUUUUAAAGUAACAUUGUAAAAUCCGUUCACUGUUCAGUCGUGGCUUAAGACUCUUCUUUGGUUUCCGUUAUUGCCAUUUUUCUGUUUUCUAACAGAACAAUUUCCCCUCCGGUAUUCACUGAAUUCCUGUCCUCUUUUGGGACUCAAGCGGAAGAAAGUUGAUGAAAGUUGCAGUUUUGGUAAUUCAAGACCGCAGCCACUUAAAUCAUCCUGGAAGCAUCGUGGUUUAAUUUUUACUUAUUUUUUUCUAUGGGAAAAGGACACCAGGCGUUUUUACAGGAUGAAGAUUUUGUUAAAGAUGUCACUUUUAUUUCCGAUAACACUAUUUAUUAUACAUUUGUUCAGCUUUGUCUCUUUCUUAAAAUUUUCCUUGGAAACUAAUUUUUAUAUGCUUUAUAAAUCUGUUAAUCCUUUGUAAAAAGAGAUUUUGACUCGGAACCACAAUACUGUAGAAGUCAGAAAAGAAAUAGAUGUAAGUGUUGGAGGUCACAUCUAGCAUAAAAACUAAAAGAACAGUUUCUCGGAGCUAUUCUCUAAGCCAAAAGUGCCGUCUGCUGAAACUGGAUCUAUGAAGGGUUCAGUUUUGCAUGUAAGAAGCAAUUCUCGGCAUGGAUCGACAUGCUGUAAACGGACAUCACCGCUCUAAACUUUAAGGUUUAAAUAAUAAUUACGAUUUUGGCCUUGAAAACAAUUCAGAAGUGGGAUUUAAACUAAGAUCUAUCAAUGCCUUGAAAAGAGUUCCUCUUAACUUCCAUCCCUUCCUGCUCUCCAGCUCUCAUUUUCCAGUCCACAUUUAUGCUGACGUUGCUGCUUCAACAGAGGAAAAAAAAUAAGGCAGUGUUAGGAAGACUAAAUCACCCUUAGCAUCUAUUUUCCAAUGUUAUGCAUUAUAACUCUUAAGCCUUUUUAAGAGGGGAAAAAUUGUGCAGUGGAGAAGAAUCUGCCAGAAUUAUUUAGGCUCGUAAGAACCUUAGACCGGGCUGUGACCUAAAAGCCAGUUUGGGCUGUGGGAACCAUUGGUGCCUCUCCCUCUUCACAGCAGCCUCCCGGAAGGCCUGGUGCCAAGCAGCUGAUCCCAGCAGCCCUUGGUGCGCCUUGACGAAUGCAGAGAUUUCUUUGUUGGUCCACACGAAUGGUAAUAAGAAUGUGCUUCCUGUUUGGGAGAGUUCGUCCCAAAGCUUUCCUCAAAUCACCUUCUGCCGGGAAUCGCCAAGAAGAGAAUCGACUCAGAAAAUGGCAACGGCUGAACUCGAAUCUGGGAUUGGAAGGUCGGGCAAACUGCUACUUCCAAAGGUUUGCCUGGCUUGCGCCGGUAGCAAAAAGCUGCAUUUUCCUUGUUUCCUUGGCUCCAUGGUUUAACUUUUCUAUUGGGAAGCUUUCCUUUGCAUUGCAAGGGUGUCCCACCUCUGCAGCAGCAUCCAAGCUCCACAGGCAAUGUCCGAGAAGAAGGAAAGUCGCCUGCAUUUGCCUUAGCCCACUUCAGAGCAUCAGAGGUUCUACAGGUUUCCAUGGGGCCUGGGAGAAGUUGGAGCUCUCUUUCCAAGAGCAAGACCCUCAGCGAGGAUACCAAACUGAGUAUCUGGGACCUCCAGGGAGGUUAUAAGAUUGCAGCCAUUGUCUUAACAGUAGCUCCUUCCUUUUGGUUAGCAGGACAUUCCAUUAGCGGCACAUAAUGUCACAUAAUGUGUCUUCGAGUAAUUCAGAUUUCAACGGUCUCCCUACUUCAGGUGGGCAACUGGUGUGGAUAUGUUCAGUCCAAUAUGCCAGAGUCCAAUUUUCUUCAGAGGUUGUCAUCUCUAACACAAAUAGCUGUUGACAACUAGUGGGAAGUUUAUGCAUUAGGUUGCAUGUAGGAACUUUCGGCUCAUACAUAGAAAACAUCUCCAAGCAAGACCACAAAAGAUCCUUAAUCCACUUCACCCUGGAGAGCCCCUCUUUGGGGGCAAAGCUCCCACCCCACCCCAUGGGAAGGCAGGGGCGGCCACCCAGCAUAGGAAAAGGCUAAGCUUGUAUUUUGUAUAUUUGGGGAUAAUGUUUUUACGAAUAAUACCUGACUUGAAAGGAGAGAAUAUUGAAAAAAAUAUAUGUUAUAGAUUAAAAGUGCACUUUUGCUACAGAUUUAUAAGCGGAUUAAAUUGGAAGAGAAUGGUGUGAUGUGACUUCUGUAUAAUAAAUGACACCCUGAUAUCACCAAUAAAGGUCGCGUAUGGUGAAAUUGUCUCA